AUGUCUGCAACAACUACAACAGACGCGGCGUCUCUGCCUCGCAGUCACCAUGAUGGCCAGACCGAAAUGCCCAAGAAGGCCCAGCCAGCUGGAAACUACAAGGGCUUUGUCGCCGGCGUCUUCAGUGGUAUCGCCAAAUUGACAGGUAGUCUUACGAAUCACAUGCUCCCAGCGCACAGCAAUUGA